CUCUCUCUCUUUAUUCCUCUCUCUCCUCCUCCUCCUCCUCAUCUCUCUCUCUCUAUUCCUCUCUCUCCUCCUCCUCCUCCUCCUCAUCUCUCUCUCUCUCUCUCUCUCUCUCUCUCUCUGGACCGGAGUAUGGCCAGUGAACCUGUGAUCCUGAAUGUUUAUGACAUGUACUGGAUUAAUGAGUAUACCUCCACUCUGGGGAUCGGAGUUUUUCACUCAGGAAUAGAGAUCUACGGCAGAGAAUUUGCCUAUGGCGGUCACCCGUACCCCUUCAGCGGGAUCUUCGAGAUCAGCCCGGGAAAUGCCACCGAGCUCGGAGAAACCUUCAAAUUCAAAGAGGCCAUCGCUCUGGGCACGACGGACUUCACAGAGGAAGACAUCGAUAAGAUCAUGGAGGAGCUGGGGAAGGAGUUCAAGGGGAACGCCUAUCACCUAAUGCACAAAAACUGCAACCACUUCUCCUCCGCGCUGUCUGAGUUGCUGUGUGGGCGUGAAAUUCCUCGCUGGGUGAACCGUUUGGCGUAUUUUAGCUCCUGUAUUCCGUUCCUGCAGAGCUGUCUGCCUAAAGAGUGGCUCACGCCGGCCGCGCUGCAGAGCCACAUCAGCUCACACACCCACUCACACCCGCACAGCGAGUCCAGCGACGAGGAGCCCUCAGGGGCCGUCGGGGGAGCGGCACACACCUGCAGGCACACUCGCGUCUGAUCUCAUUCACUACGACACACACUCACACACGGGCUGCGUCUCAAACGGCCCCCUCCUCCCUCUGUAGUGCACUAUGUGAAACCAUAGCAUCAGUGCUUAUGUAGUGCACUAUAUGUCCACUAGGGGGCCAGUCGAGAUUCAGCCACACACACAGACCUCUGAGGGCGUGUCGUUGCUGGCUGGUCUGCGUCCCCUGCCUGGUUUGCACCACUGACAUUACAUUUACCGACACCAACUGACAAGACCAAGUCUCUACUGCACUGGACAAGCCAUAGCGAAACGUUCCCUGCUCAGCCGGUGAGCUGUACUCAAUUCAGUUCAACUUUAGUGCCAUUAUGCUGCAUAACAAAGCACUUAGGGGCAUUUCUCUGGUGCAUUAACAUUAAGACAGUGCACUAGUUGGGUGACACACAGAAAACAGACAAUAGACAAUAAAUACAGAAUAAACUAGACAUGCACUGGUGCAUAGACAGUGUGUAUAUGUAUGUGCAAAAUAGGCAGGAAUUUUUAGAGACAGCGUUCAGAAAAUGAUAUAUACAUUACAAGUAAGUUACAUAUAUACUACAAGUAUAGAUGUUUACCAGUGAAACAGCAGUUAUCUGGAUUGUAUUGUGUAUUAGUAUGAACCACAAUAACAAUAGUAUUAGCAUAGCUGGCCAAAAUGUAGGCUUAGGCCCAGUCCCAUUCUCAUCUUUACCCCUACCCCCUGUUUUCGAGUGUUGCCCCUUGUUACUGAGCUACGGGGCUGAAGUCAGACAUUCACCAGAUUUUUGUUAGAAUUUUCCCGUUCCACCUUAAAUGGUGCAGCCAGCGAAUCCUGAAGCUAGCUCAGUUUUCCCCGUAGAGUUCCUACAGAUUGACCACACGACUUCAGAGGUCUGCACAUAAACAGACUGCAAGCGCUCGUCCUGCUGCUGCUCACAGCGCCCCCUACCAGCCUGGAUGACCAACAGACCUCAGAACUGUUUCCUGGAGAAGGACGAAGGUCGCGCUCCACCAGCCGGAGCCACCAGGGACUAUUUAAAAGCCUCCAACUGCUCCUCUUAAAGCGAGAGUUCGGUAGAAAAAUCAAACGCACUCCGUUUUUUUCCCAUUGUGCCGAACGUAUUUGAUCUGCUAAGACAUGGCUGAGGUGUGAAGUGAGCUAGGCUAAUGUAGCUAACAAGUAAUGGAAGCGUAUACGCUGUUGAUUUACCACCAGGCAAAUAACAUGCUAACACCAUCACGCUUGGCCCAGACUUUGUGGAGCUGUUUAGUUGACUUUCAGAUUUCUAUCUCAGAUAGUUCCCAGAUAGUUUCUGACACUCUACAUGAGCUAAAGCAGGAGUGCUCAGUCCUGGUCCUGAAGAUCUACCACCCUGUAGAGUUCAGUCACCCCUCCCCUGGAGGCAUGGGUUCGAGUCCCACUUCUGACAUGCUUUAGGAUGGCAGUCGUGGGCUGGAGGUCAGGGAACCGGCCCUGUGACCGGAAGGUCGCCGGUUCGAUCCCCAGAGCUGACAGUCCGUGACUGAAGUGCCCUUGAGCAAGACGCCUAACCCCCAACUGCUCCCUGGGCGCCGUGGAUAGGGCUGCCCACCGCUCCGGGCAAGUGUGCUCACUGCCCCCUAGUGUGUGUGUUCACUAGUGUGCAUGUGGGUGUUUCACCUCACGGAUGGGUUAAAUGUGGGGGUCCGAUUCCUCUGUAUGCAAAACGCAGUUGGCUGAUGGUUCUGAGUUCAAUUAAAUUCAAUUCAGAUCCAAAACGUCCGAUGCUCAGGUGUGUUAAACCAAGCUCUGCAGGCUGGUGGAUCUCCAGGAGCUUAGUGAAGACCAGAAGCUUGUUAUCCUGUUGUUGUCCUUUACUUGUUAGCUUAAAGGGGCAGACGUGUCUUGGCUCACCGACUGAGUUUGAGGGGAAAUUUUGUGUGGAUUUGAUAUUUUACCAAACUGUCGUUUUCAGUGCCCUCAAGUCUUACUACUCCUUUUUUACUCCGUGGAAUAGAGCAGUGUUUACCAUCGUGCAUUCUCCUUUUUACAGCCUCCCUCGUUUACCGGAGGGUGGAAACGGUGGGCGGCUCAGACUGACCGCUGUUAGGCCUCUUUCCUCUCUUUUGCAGUAUUCGUCCCUGAAUUCUCCUCCUCCUCCUCCUCCUCCUCCUCCUCCUCCUCCUCCUCCGUAGUACUGUAAACAUGCCAGCCGGUUGGAGUUUGUGAAACCCCUCUAGACCUUUAGGCCGAACUCUUCCAGCUGUUUUUAGGAAGAAUUGUUUUCAAGGCAAAGUUUUACCUCCAGAUUAGCCGGGUUCGUCGUACUUGGACUCUUUUCUACUGUAAAUACUCCGGGCUCUAAACAACACGCUGUCUGUUUGCUGUUAUUGGCCGGUUCACUUGAGGACGGCGUGCCGGCGACAGAGGGAGCGAAGUUACAGCAGGAAGAUGCUAAAAGGAUAGCGACCAAACAUGCUAACCUUGCUAGCUGCGCCAAUUAGCACGAUGUCCUUUCCGAUUUUCCUGAUUUCAUUCCUGAAUUUCUCCUUUAAACAUUAAGUUGUAUUUAUUUAAAUGCUGCUUUAAUUUGAUAACAUGAUGUCAGUUUGCGUUCUUUUAUAUUCGGACUGAUUGGAGGUUUGGGAGUCCGACCGCCUGUGGCGCCGCCCGGUGUUUUUGCCAUCAUCCGCAGCGUUUUUAAGCUGAACAGAGCUGUGCGGAGACGGACUCUGACCAGGUGUGGAAGCGCAGCCAUAUAACCAGAAGCUGUUGAUUCACCGACGAUGGCCUCCUGUUUUUGCUGACAACUCAAAAAUGACUGAUUACUCAGCCGUGCUUGGAAGCAGAGCGGAGGGAAGUAUUCCAGGAUGUGGAAACCUUAAUGUGUGUUAAGCCCAUUAACUCCUUCUGGUGGUGUUUUACCUCAGAUAGCUUUGGAAACCCAGAGCAGAUAAGCCCAUUACUCUCAGCAUGUCAGUCUGUUUUCCACGCUAUGCAGUAUUAAGCCCUGCUGGAGCUGCAUUGGUUUGACUGAGGGAGGCAGGCCUGCGACGGGGCCAGUGUCAGUAAGAACGUCCUCUUAUGUGGGAACCGUGUGGAAAACAGCUGCGAUAAACAUUAAUUAACGAUAACAGCAACACUUCCUCGGCCGUAAUUCUGCGAAGUGAAAGCAGGAGCUGACCGGCGACAGCAUGCGAAGCUCAGUCUUUGGGAAGUGAAAGUGCAGAUCACCGAAAGCGAGUUUAGUAAGAAAGAACAGAACUGGCCUCCUGAACGACGCGGCAGCUGCCACUGGGAGACCACAGUUCCAGGGGCCCCAGAUUUCAGGGAUAGUUAAUUAUAACUGUUAAAAACAUAGUAUAGGCCUAUAUCUGCUUGAUUUAGGUUGGCGUUUGAAUGUUUUGCGUUUUAUUCAUAUAUUUUAAAAACCUGGAGUAGCUGCACUGUUUACAUUAACGCUGAGUUGCUUUCAUCGCCCCCUGCUGGCUGCUUUGUAGGCGCGUCACUAAAACACAUGGAGGUUGAGGUCCCAGUCAGUUAUCAUCCGAGUUAGCAUCCGGCAAGUCAUUUUGCAUAACAUCACCGUUCACAUCACUGAUAUACUACUUAAAAUGUUGGCAUCCCAAACUUAAAACACCUUCCCUGGCGAGUUCGAUCCCCAGUGAUGCCACAGCCAUCCGUAACUGGGAGUCCAGGAGAGCCUGUUGCCUUCUUCCCUAAAGCCAUUAAGCCUGAGGCUGUUGUUUCACUCAGCGUGUAAAACAGCUUGAUUAAAAAGUGUGGGGACACUAGUGGCUUGGUCUAGGCCCUGUUACUGCGGUAAAGCUUGCGUCUUCCACGCAAAGUAGGGCCUUGUCCAGCCUUGGGCUCGGUCUGCAGGCCUGUGGAUACUCCUGGAACAGCCAGGCUAUGGCCCUUCAGCUUGGAAUAUCUGUGGGAAUUAGGGAAAAUGACACAGAUGCUUCAUUCCUAAGCAGCUAAUCAAUUCCCCACAAUGCAGUACACAGUUUAAAGACUAAUGCAGCUCUAUCGGGGCUUUUAAAGAUGGCUAUGAUUCCCGUCUCGUGCUGCUGACGGUGCGUCUUUAACAGCAGAGAGAGGGCCGUGGUUCCAUCCUGCCGCUUUCUGAACUCCUCUGAGCUCUGCUGUGAAGACCACCUGUCAAUCAAGCCCUUUAUUCUCCUCCCCCAUCCCUCCUCCGUCACAUCAUCCGGUUUGCUGUGGAGUCACAAGCGUGAAAGUUCAUAAACCUCAUUCACUGGUUCAUACGUUUAUAUUUCUCUCCCUUUGUUACUGAGAAAGCUCAGACCUUCCGUCGGUUUACUUUCCGUCUCUCUGUGGAUGCUUUUGGACUGAAGAGGCCGCCGGUUCUGGACCUUUCUACUAACGAGCUCGGUCGAGACGACCCUUUUCUACUGCUGUCAGUUUUAACCUGGAUUAGUAUUUACUUUUAUGAGCUGGAAGACAGUUUUACAAACGCUGAAACGAAUAAAGGACUGAAACGGAA